AUGCCUCCUUUCAUAUGUUCGGGGUUUCUUCAUCUGCCUGGUGGUUGGUGGUGUUCUUUCAAUUUUUUUCGACCGCAGCACAUACACAGCAGCAGCGAGCGCAUCCUUGCGCCGGAGGCUACGGAUCAGUUCCUCUGGAUCCUUAUCGUGGCGGCGUUUGGCGCCUUCUUCGCCGCCUUCGGCAUCGGGGCCAACGAUGUCGCCAACGCGUUCGCCACCUCCGUGGGCGCCAAGGCGCUGACCAUCAAGCAGGCCGUCGUGCUCGCGGGAGUCUUCGAAUUUUUGGGGGCUGUGUUCCUGGGCUCGCACGUUACCAAGACCAUCCGGAAGGGCAUCGCGGACAUCGAGUGUUUCCAGGACAACCCGGGGAUCCUGAUGUACGGCAACAUGUGCGUCGUGUACACCACCGGCAUCUGGCUCCUGCUGGCCUCCUUCUUUGAGCUGCCCGUGUCCACCACCCACUCCACCAUCGGAGGCAUCGUCGGGAUGGCCAUGACCUACCGCGGCGCCGGCUGCGUGGUCUGGUACGAGAAAAACGAACUCUUCCCCUACUUCACGUACUUGGAGUUGAUCUGA